AAACCAUGACUCUUUUUUCAAAGUAAACGGAAAUAGCGUAUUUUUUUUGUAUUUCUUUUUUUAAAUAUCCUAAAUUUUUAAAUCUGAGGCAUGUUUUGUUAAUGUUUUCUCAUUUUUGUUUUUUUUUUUAAUAUUUAUUUCUAUUCACAUUAAAACACUUUUUAAAAAAAAAACGUAGGUGUAUUUUGUCUCCUGUAUUUUUUAAUAAUUUUCAUAUUUUGGGAUUAUGGAAGCUUGGUCAUCGCAAAAUAUAGAAAAAUAUCAAGGUUUAAGUAUUCCUCAAAAGUCUCCAACUAAUAGUUUGAAUACCGCCGCCACGCGAUUAAAUGAUGUUUUUAUUAAUCUUCAAAAAAUUUAUAUGACAAAGAAUAAAGAAUUGAAUGUCCUGUCGAAUGACUUUUAUGAGUAUCAGCAAAACAAUCCAACUAUACAAGAAAAAAACGAGUAUAAUUCAGACACAGCGCAUUCUUAUAAUGAUAACGCCAUGGUGUCGGUUAGAAACAAUGCUUUAGAUACAGACGGGGUUGACUAUGGUACUCAUCCAACGGACAAUCUUCGUAAAUUAAAACCCAUGCGACUUCAGUUUUUAAAAACGAAACUUUGCCCGUGGAUUAUUUCUUCGGGGUUUUGCCGUAAAGCGUCUUCGUGCCGUUUCGCUCAUAAUAUUGAUGAAGUUCGACCAUUACCUGAUCUUCGAAAAACAAAACUAUGUCCAGAGGCACUUCAAGAAGGAGGAUGUCGUCAAAAAGGCUCAUGUAAAUAUGCUCAUAGCUAUGAUGAGUUAAGAGCAACUGAGUCAUUUAACAAAAUUAAGCUGUGUCGCUUAUGGUUAACCAGUCGAUGUCCUAAAUCUGCAACGGUGUGUCGCUUCGCUCAUGGGGAAGAAGAUUUAAGAAAAUUGUCCUGUGAUACAGCAUCAUUGAAAAAAAUGUUUUAUACAAAAAAUACGACCGCUCCCAGUCAAACCCAGUCAGAAAAAGGCGAGGUCAUAGAUCCCUCAAGUUUUUGGUCGGUUUUACCAUCUGAAGUUCCAGUAACAACGACGACAGCAACAAGCAUUCCUGGUGAUCAUACUAACAAUACAUGUUUUACAACGCAUCUAUCUCUUUCCGAUGCUGUUCCUGAUCAAAUACAAACAAGCAAACUGUUUUCUUCAUGUUACCUAUCUCCACGAACAAGUCUUACAGCGUCGGGGAAAACGCAGGGUGUAUCUCGCUAUAGUUCCAAUACAGACUGCCGCGAAACCCUUUCAGAUGCUAGUCAUGAAAAAGAUUCAUAUGGUGUACGUUGUCAGCUUUCUACAAAUAAUAAACCCAUUAUUUAUACGGAAGAGCAGAGGUCAUCAAAUUCCACUGACAAUGGUCCAAAUCAUGUUAAUGCUACUUGUUCUAACAUUGCUAAGACAAAUACUAAGGCGUCUAAGUGGUAUGAUGUCAAUGACUAUUCGUUUUCCUUUGGUCAAAAAAACGGUGUAGUUACAACUCAAGACCAACCAUACACCUUUUUAUCCAACUCUACUAUGGAAGAGUCUAGUAAUGCAGCUCAAUUUUAUACAGAAUCCCUUCAAGAAAAAGAUACAGCAUCAACUGUUUGCUCAAUUGGAAAUUCUUACGUGAAAAAAAAAAUCAAGCCGUCUGUAUCAAAACUCGAAAAGAUUUUAUCACCACGAACGGAUGGUCCAUGGACUUCUAUGGAUAACAAAGCACUUGAAUCUCUUCAAAAUUAUGCGGCGCAUUCAUGUAAAAACUUUCAAGAACAAGUUGAGGCCAAAAAUGUACCCGCAUCCGAUUGGCUGUUACCUCAUCCGACAUCUGGUUGCAAUACAACCAAUUCAACGAAUAUAUCUUCACCAGACCAAACAAAUUUUUUUCAAAGUGCUCAUUUCAGUAAAAAACUCCAGGCAUUCCAGAAUGCAAAUUUGUCUUCUCAUUCAACGUUUUAUGAUAAACUUUAUGUGAAGAAUACUUGUUUAAAUGAAAGCAAUGCUUUAAAGAAUACAGCGUUACAUUUAAAUGAUUCAAAAGCUAAUGAAUGGAACAACAGGUCGACUGCAAGUCCCAUGAAAUAUCAUUGUGAUUUUCAAAAAAAAAAAACAGAUCAAAAAUGUGGCAUUGAUCCGUCUUAUCAGUCAUUAUUUAAUGAAUUUAAAUAUGAUAAAAUAAAAAACACACUUAAUUCUUUACAUAGUAGUGGUAGUAGUAAUAAUAAUGUUAGUGAUGUGAAUCCAAUAUCAAAAGCACGUCUUCACCCAAAAAAUUUAACAAAUGAUUCUGCCAAACCCGUUUCAGAGUCGACCGUGUUAGUUUCCGAAUCUCAACAUUCUCAAAAUACAGGUUUGAUCAGCACACAAUUGAAAAACCCACCCUUAUAUUCGUCGUUACUACCAUGCAGUACAAGAACAAGAAAUGCAGAAAUACAAAAAAAUUGUUUAGAAACAUAUAUAGAAAAUGGGACGAAUCAUUUUAAUAAGUAUAUAAAUUUAAAUUCAAAUUUAUAUAACGAUAAUAAUAAUAAUACAGCUACGAAUGCAUUAUGUGAAAAUGAACGUCAAUCGAAUCUUUCGAAACAUGGGUUUUAUGAAAUGACUUCUUUACCGCCGCAACAAGAAAAUCCUUCUUGUACUUCUCCGAAUGUUUCACGACUUCCAGGCUCUCCGCUCACAGUACCAUUUGUUUAUUCUUUAGAUUACCCUGAAAAUAGAAUCAAAAAAAGUCCAGUAACCUUGGACACAGGAUUCUGCAAAUCUCCAUCUUCAUUACUUUUUCCAUCAUUUCCUUUUUCCCCAACGUCAAAUUAUACUACCACUAAUUUCAAUUUACAACAUCUAGAAAAUGCGUACAAUAAUCAUGAACCAUGUAAAAACGUCUAUAAAUCGUUUAACAGUCCUUUAACACAAGCAUCAUCACGGUUGCAUUUAAAUUUCUACGAUUCUCCGUUAAGAAAUGCAAGUACUACACUUGCUUCUAAUUUCUAUAAAGUCGCCCCAAACAACAAUUUUAUUACAAAGCAGGUUCAGAAUACAGUAUCCCGUCAAUUCAAACCAUAAAAAGUUUUUUUUUCUUGUGCUACAUAUCGUUUUUGACUAAAGUCUUUCAAUUCACAGGCUCAUACAAUUGAAUUUAAAAAACGACAUGAACUCAACUAUGACUGUAGGUUUUUAUCAACGUUUAACAUGUUUUCUACAAAAAAAAAAAAACAUUUGCCUUACCUAAAAUCGAUUCCUUUAGAUUAUUCAUUAUGAAAGCUUUUAUAAUCUUUCCGUUUGACUUUUAAGCGAAUCAAUUAAUCAAUUCUAUAGAAUAGCGACUUCCGAUUCAAUAAAAAAAAAAUUUAUGAGAUUUUUUAAAUAAAUUGAAAGAACAUCGUUGUUAUUUGGAAUAUAUUACCGAAAAAUCAUUCAAUUAUUAUCCCUUUUUUUUGAAAAAAAAAUUUUGUCUUCUUUAAUCCCCUUUCGUUGUUUAUGACGAGUGACCAUGUUCCCUUUUCUAUGUUCCGUCAUCUUCCGUGUUGCUACUACGUCGUCUUUUUUUAAAAUCGUUCUUUGUUGUGAUAUAACUUUAUAUAUUUUUUUAGUUUUAGUUGCUAACAAAUUCAUACUUCCUAGUAGUAUUGUUUCUUCUCUUUUUUUGAGAGGUGAAGAAACACAAAGACCUUUAUAAUGUGUCUUCUUUUUUAAUAGCUUUCUUAUAAAUUUCCUCCAAGGCUCGAACACUU